UCAGUCUGUUAACGGCACGCCAACGAUGCAGACGCGUCUAAAAACCAGCUCCGGCUAACUGUUAACGCAAGAUAGUAAUAACUUGAUUUGUAAGUGUAACACUCAUACGCAUCGAGUAUACGCACAGUGGUACCAACGACAUUUGAUUUUGCAUCUUUUGCCGAAAGUGCGUGAGCUUCCUGACGUCUCAAGUGGAUAAAGUCAAAGUGAAUUUCAAGAAAUCGAAAAUAUAAUUAAUAUACAAAAAUAAAAGUAAAACGCUUGAAUUGCUGCUAAUUUGGCGAGUUGGGCAAGUUAGGAUCUUAAUUAAAUUAAGCCAAGUGAAAGAGAAACAACAGCUGCCGUUCAGGAAGAAGAAGAAGAAGCAAUAGAGGAGAGUGUUACCUCGACGAUCUUUGGGCCAAGUUAGUUAGCUGUCGACUGCUGCCGCUGUUUAUGGCACUUAAGCUAUGAAGCGAGGCAUGCAACUCACCGCCGCCUGGCUGUGCUUAUUGGCCACGGCUAGUCUGGCUCAAAACCAAGAAUCCUCCUCCAAAUGGUCGCGUCAACUGGAGAAUGUGGCCACAUCCGAUACGGACUCACUUGACUGGGUGCCCUUGGCGCAACCGCUGGAUGGCAGCAAGGAUCGCACGGGUAAUGGUCGUGUGUUGACCUACUCGCAGACCUUUCCACCCAGCGCGCGUUUCGGUGAUCUGACCAAGACGGGCUCCCAGUUCGACUAUCCCUUCCAGUUCCAGCGGUAUCCCAAUGGAGCGGGACAGGCUCUGCCGCUUCGCCAGGCGCCACCACCACCUCCCUCUACGCUAAAGGCGUCUGGUCAGGAGCCCACGUCGCAGUCAUUCUUCAAAUUCGAGAUGCCAUUCCAUGGUAACAAUGAGGGACAGGCUCAGGCACCACCCACUCUGCAAACGGGCUACCAGAUUCAGCACACCUUCGGUGCAGGAGCUCCAGGAUUCCCAAGUCCCUCUCAGCUCUUCAGUCCUCCAUCUCUUUUCGGACAACAGCAAAGUCAGCCUUUUGGUGCCGAUUUCCAUUCGCUGGGCUCCCAAAAGCCCUUGGCUCAGGCUCUAAACAAGCCACUCCAUCAGCAAAACUACAUCCAGGACAUCCUUCCUCCGAAAAGCCUUGGAAAACCUUUGCCCACACAAGCUUCACUGCAGAGUGUGACCCCACAAGUCUUUCCCGUGGAUCCUGAAGCGGAUACGCUCUUCGGAUCGAAUAAGGCUGCUCCAUCGUCUGCUCCAUCUUCCUCCCGAGAUCAGGAUGUCCAGUUACUCUAUGUACCGUACGAUACCCUGUACAACCAGCAGCGUCAGCAAUCGGGAUCCGUAUCGAACUCCAACUUCGAGGUGAACAAAUUCAAUGUGAAUCCUGGUCUGCCCGCCGUGAAUCCCUAUCAAAUCAACCAGUUCUACACCCAGGAUCCCAGUGUGGGUAGUGAUUUCUUUAGCUCGGGAACGACCACCCGACCCAGCACCACCACCAGCCAGCCCCAGAGCAUCUUCCAAAACUACAGACAGCCACAGACGCAAUUCACCACAGCGAAGCCCAAGCCGAAAGCCCAUCAGCCUCCAUUGGCCAUGUUUCUGUUGCGAUCCAGCUCUCGUCCCUCCCAAACGGAUGUGGUUGCUGCCCUGAGGAAUGCGCACAGCAUAUCCGUAAUUGACUCGCCCACCAAGCAGACACCGGAAAUCUUUGUUGGACCUGCUGGCAUGCCCAUUCCCGAUGGCUAUGUAAAGUUCGAUCUACCUUAUCUGUCGCAACUCACCUCCAAUCGCGAUUUGAGUGAUGUUUCCUUCUUUGUGGCGCCAUUAAGUUACCGCACACCCAAUGGCUUCAAUAAGAUCCUGCUACCAGAACCCCAUGUAGGUUCUAUUGUGAUUAACAGGGCUAAGGAUAUCGCUGCCAGUCAGCAAAUAUCACCUGCUCCGCGUCCCCAACGUCCGUAUGCCACGGUUAGUAGUACCCGCAAUCCAUUCGAGACUACCACACAAUCGCAGACCCAGGCUCAAGGUCAAGUACCUGAGCGGGGCAACAAGUUCAGCUAUUAUUAUGUGCAGGAUGGCAUCCAGGAAGUAAGCUCGCCAAAGGCUCCCGCCAAGCAGGAGAGGCAUAAGAAGAAGCGACCACAGAAUGUCCAGGUGCAGCAGCAGCAGCAGUCCAUCUACCGUCCGUCGCCAACCAAAGCCCAAAGCCAGGAUCCCUUCGAUUCGCUGAACCAAAUUGGAGGGGAUGACUUCUUCAAAACCCUGGGCAGCAAGCCAACGACCAGUUCCACUUCCAGCACCUCCACGUCGACCAGCACAUCUACCACUUCGACGACGGCUGCUCCACAAUCUUUGUUCACCUACAGCACGCGGCCACAGAUCGAGUUCCCUGGCUCCAGUGGCCAAUUGUAUCCCCAGUAUGUUCAGCAACCGGUGCAAGAGCAGCUUCCGCGACUAACCACCCGUCCACCAACUGCGUCCACGGCUGAGGAGGAGCUCCGCAUGAAACAGUACUUCCGUCAACAGGAUGCCUUCCGCCAACGUCCUCACACCACAAAUCCUCCCUUCGAAUAUACUCAAAGCAUUGCAGACUAUGAGGCUCCUCUGCCGACAACCACAACUACUCAGAGGAUCAAGACCAAGCACAGGCUGAAUCAGUACACACCUGCUGCCGUUCCUGUGACCACAUCGGAUGUGGGAUAUAACAGUGUAAAUCAGCAGGGCCCACUUAACCAUCGCCCCAGCUAUAACCAAGUUCAAAACGAGAUUCUAGAAAACAGCAAUGUGGAGUACGAACCAAAUCCCUACCAUGUGCCCUCGGAGCUGCCUCCAUUGACUCCGGAUAUUCCCGGACUCGUUAACAAUCUGCAGGAGAAAGACAAGUUGCAACCCCCAAUUCCAACCACUCCAUUGGCCGAACCGGAACCGGAAACGCGACCCACCAGAAGACCCGUGCUGCGCACUCGUAAGCCAGCUGUGACCAAGGUUACCUCCUCUGUUUCCUAUUCAGAAUCCGAGUCCAGCAACAAGCAGCCCACUCACCGGAUCAGGAGGCCAUACAGCAGCCGAGGAACCACCGCACCAGAUGCCUCCACCGGCAACGGAGAUGGUGGCGAGGAAUCAGCAGUGACUCCCACCCGUCGUCCCACCAGUGCACGGAACCCACUCAUCCGCAAUCCCAAUCGCAUUCGCUAUAGGCCCACAACGGAGGAGCGCCAAACUCUGAAAACCAAGACCAGGAAAGGUUCAAAGAACGGCAAGCCACAGGAAGAUCAGGACAUUGAUUACCAGCGGGAUGUGCUCAAGCAAAACUAUCCGGUGUUCAAGGCCCCAUCCAGACGACCCACCAGUCCCACCGCCAUUCCCAGUUCCUACGAUGUUCAGGCCACCACCGAAGGACCCGCAUCUGAGUCCCAGCAAGUCUAUACGGUGACCCCUAGCAACAGUAUCGAUGGUGGCAACGAGCAGAGCGUCUUUCCCGCCAAUCUUUUGGAACCCAUGCAAAUUGCUCAGCACUACCAAGAGUUCUCCAAGGAUAACUAUGGACCGGGUUACUUCCCCAACCAAGAGGAUCUUAAUCCAACAGAGGCCAUCGUGCGCAACGAGGUGAGCCCAAUCUACACCACUCUGGCCACCACAACUCCAUCAACCACCACGACCACAACCACUACAACCACUGAGGCUCCAUUGACUACAACAACGCGUCGCUCGCCGUUCGUGAGGAGAAACUAUCCUCGUCUGCGUACAACCACAACCACAGAGACGCCAAUCACCUCCACCACACCCGCUGAGGAUAGACCAUCGAUCCGUUCCCGUCUGCCACCUCGUCGAGUGGUUAAGGUGCGUCAGCGACAGCGUCGCCCAACUCAUCCUGCCUCCUCUUCGACAGUGGCGCCCGAGGAGGAAUCCGAACCCGUUACCCAGAAGAGCUAUCUCCGCAAGCUGAGCCGCUACAACAACCAAGAGACAAAGGAAAAAGAAUCCACCGUGUCUCCCAUCACCCAUCGUCGUCGGUACAAGCAACCCUUCCAGCUGGAAGGUCAGGAAUCCCAGUGGUCGCCAUCAUCGGAAACAGCCAACAGCAACUCAAACACGAACAGCUUCAAGCCAUUGAGUCCCAAAUACAAAACGGAAACCCAUAACUUCGAGAGUGAACCGGAGAUUGUGACCGCAGGACCAACCAAUCAACCAGAGACCUAUGAUAUUAAUGUUGCUGCUGAUCUUGGUGGAUCGUCGGUUCAGCGCACCACUAUUAUGGCGCCCAAUCUGAAGCCAGAGAAAUCCUUUGCCGAGCUUUUAGAGGAAGUGAUGGGCAAAGCUCCCGAGGAGUCGACCACUGAAACCACCAGCACUACUUUUAGUCGCCUAAACAGACGUGGCAAGUGGCAGAAAAAGAACCGCUUAUCUGGCUCGGAUAACUCGGAAAAUUUCGAGACGGCUGAGUCCCAGAAUCUAGGACCUCAGCUCUACAAUGCUCUUCAAGCAGCCAGCGAAAAGGAGGAGCUACCCAAGACCACCACUCCAUUAACUCCAUCCACCGAAGCCCAGACAGAGCCUUUGGUUGUGACUACCACAGUGGCAGCCCCCACGACGCCCGAGGAGUAUGAGGUCACCACUGCCCAAGACGUUGAGGAGGCCACCAUUACCUCCAUUCUUCCCUUGAGCGAGGAGAGCGCCACACGCCGCAUGGACACGGCAGCGGAUGUGGACGAUCUGGAAGUGCAACCGAGCAUCUUCUCCGAGGUGAAGAAGCAACUGCACGAUCUGUUUGCCAUAGAGGAAAGUGAAGGAGAAGCAGUGACCGCCGCUCUAGCGGCCGUAGGCAAGCGUCGCCAGGAGUACACAAGCAUCCGACGAACCAGUCCAGUCACUCCCCCGGAAACAACGACUUUAGCGCCCACGGAUGAAGCCAUCACCACGGAAGCCACCGUGGCGGAGAGCAAAAAGGACAGCUUCCACAAGGAUCUGAUGGAGCAUGUGGUGUACGCCACGUCCACGUCGACCAAAGUCACCUCCGAAACGGAGAUCUGCUACCGCGGACGAUGCAUCCGUUCCGAAGAUCUGCCCGCCAAUCACAAACUGCACUGAGCACACUCCUCCGGCAGCGGAAAUUGAAAAGAUUCAUCAUGUACAUAGGGGCAGAGGGGAUACGGAUGGGGUUCACGGGGUCCAGGACGAUGGAGGAUAGCUCCUCCAGCUGCAUUGGCCCAAAAUACAAAACCGUAUCCGCUGUAAUUACUUAGCUUUAAUUAAAAAUAUGUUAAAAAUAAGCACUUUAAAAGAAUAAUGAAAUAUCGAAGAGUGAAGAUAAUUCCAUACAUUUUUUUAAAACGAAUUUUGAAUAAGAUAACAAUAACCACAAAUGAAAUUUCUAUUAAGAAACUUUACCUGCAUUGAGCGCUCUUUUGAAAACCCUUGAUAUUUCCAGUUAGAACCAUUAGUAUGUAGACCUUAGAGAUAGCAUUACGUCAGGAUACCACAUAGCCAGCAUAUAAGUCUACCAUAUGUACAUCAUUGUGUACAAACAAUGCAAAUACAAAUACCAAUAAAAACGAAACG